CUUUAAAUCCUCCUUUCUGGAUUCCCAAUCCGACACUUGAAUGUGCAGGACCACUUUCCUGUAUCCAUUCCAAUGAGCUCCCAAAGGAUAUCGCCUCGUUUCCCAUUCACUAAAGAUCGUGUCUCGGUCAUUGAUACUACAAUGGCCUAUGUCGACACUGGUCUGCCAGUUGAAACUUCACCAACGGUUGUCUUCCUUCAUGGCAACCCGACUUCAUCCUAUCUCUAUCGCAACAUAAUCCCUCAUAUAUUACCAAUCGCUCGGUGCAUUGUGCCAGAUCUCGUUGGCUUUGGUGAUUCGGGGAAGAUGCCUUCAAAUGGCUACUUCUUCAGCGAACAUGUUCCAUACUUGGCCGCCUUUAUGGAUGCUGUGGCCCCAAAGGAAAAAUCAGGCAAGAUUUUCCUAGUUGUUCACGACUGGGGCUCUGCCCUAGGUUUUGACUGGGCGAGAAAGAACCCGCUCCGAAUAGCGGGCUUGGUAUUCAUGGAAUUUAUAUCCGGAGGCUUGAGAUGGGAAGCCUUUCCCCCUGGACCUCGCGAUCUUUUUCAAAAAUUUCGCACCGAAACUACUGGACGUGAGCUUUUAAUCGAACAGAAUGUUCUAAUCGAAGGCGGCCUAAGACAAGGCGUGACAAGGGAUUUGUCAGAGGACGAAAUGCAGCACUAUCGCAGACCGUUUCUCGACCCUAGAGAUAGGGAGCCUAUCUAUCGAUUUGUAAAUGAGAUACCGUUUGAUGAGUACCCGCAGGAUGUGAGCAAGGCAGUGGAGAUGUACUGGCAGUGGUUGAGGCAAAGCCGAGUCCCAAAGCUGAUGUUUUGGGCUGAACCAGGAACUAUGUUAUCGCCGGAAAAGGCAGCGGAGAUGGCCCAUGAUUUUAUAGAUAUAAGGAGCGUUGGUAUUGGUCCUGGUAGCCAUUUCUUGCAAGAAGAUAACCCUCAUCUUAUUGGGGAAGAAAUAAAGACGUUUGUAGAAAGGUUCAAAUCAACCGAUUGAUCGACCAGGUCGGAGAUGAACGCGAAUGGGCAUGCGAAAUGGGAGCCUUGGGUCAGUCCGCCGUUCUCCAACGGCGCUACCUCAGCUUAAUAGUUGUUAUGAAUACAAGAC